GAGAGGUCUUUUAGGAUAUUGUGGAGAGAGCGGAGGCUCCCCGCUUUUUCUUCUCGCUAACGAUCGGCAUUCUUUUCUUCCCCAUUCCGGCAUGAUCAAAGAAGCUAUGGCUGACCAGGUCAGUCGAUUUUACCUUUUCAGACAAGACCUUCCCUUCCCCUUUCUUGCUUGUAGGUUGACUAUUUGCCGGUUUGGCGCGUUCGGAAGCAAGAAGACGGAAGCCAAACGAGUCGGGUCGACAAAAACGACUUUUUUUAUCCACCCGGGAAUCAACUUGACUAGGAAACCUAAACUAAGCGGCUAUUCUUCAUAUCGAUAAAGUGAUAAGGAUUUGCUGCUAGACUUGCUGGUCUUACCGUCGAUGUCUUGUCUUAUCAAACUGGCUUGGCCGGGAAUACCGCUAACUGUGAUAUACAACUUCUACGCUAGUUUUAUAAAAGGAAUAUAUUCUCUUCCAAGGUAAAAGGCUAUCAGACUGGCUCACAGCUUCAAGCACUACAGCUAAAAGUAAAAGCAACUAAAAUAAAGGAACUCAGAGGAUUGCUGGCAUAAACACUCUGUUCGGGAAUAAGAGUAAAUCAGAGAGGAGGUAAGAUUGAAUUUCAUUCUCCACAGUUGCGGAUGAAUUGAAAAAGGGGGAGGGAUUCAUUCAGUAAAGUAACCAGACCCGAGCCCUAGAUUAGAGCUUUGCCUGAGCAAUCAAUCCGAUCCCAGCAAGAGGCUGCGGCUAUAUGGCUUGAGCGCUAGCGCGUGAAUCCUUAUGCUUCUCGAUCUACUGACUGGAAUGAAGAUUCAGAAAGACAGAACUGAACAUAUUCAUUAUUACAUUUCUUUGAAAAUAAAACAGCUUAUUCUAU